UACGGCCAAAACCAAACGGAAUGGAAAAUAUCCGAAAAACAGGAGCUAAUAAGCUUAUGCCACGCUUCCCCCACCUUAUCCAGCCUCUAAAACCCUGCAAAACACGUCGCACUGUGCAAAACCCUCCAUCAAUGGCGGACCAAACCCAAGCCCAUGAUCACGCUGCCAUUUCUCUAUACUAGUUUGCACUGAAAACCAUCUCAACGUUUUUAUCAAACUAAUUUAGUUAUGGAACUUUCUUCUUAUUCUUCCUUCAUACAUCUCCAGAAACCAUGCUCAUCCCCCUCUUGUAGCAAUUACUCUUUCUCAUCCUCCUUCUCUCCCUUUCCAAUCCAAAUUCGACAAAACAACCACAAAUUCACAAACCCCACAUCGCAAAAUUUUCGAAUUCUUGCUGUCGCUGUGGACCCACAAAAAGAACUCCCCGAAAACAGUCCCCAGAGACUCCUCAAAGAGCUCGCGGAGCGCAAAAGAGUUACUUCACCGAAGAAGAAGGUACCUCCAAAGAGAUUCAUACUCAAACCACCAUUGGAUGACAAAAAGCUAGCGCAGAGGUUUCUUAAUAGCCCCCAAUUGUCUCUUAAAUCAUUUCCUUUGCUGAGCUCUUGCUUGCCUUCUUCGCGGCUCAACAAUGCCGAUAAGACUUGGAUUGACGAGUAUUUGCUUGAGGCCAAACAAGCACUUGGGUACCCGCUGGAGCCGUCCGAUAGGUUAGGGGAUGAGAACCCGGCGAAGCAAUUCGAUACCCUGUUGUACUUGGCGUUUCAGCAUCCCUCUUGUGAGAGAACGAAUGCCCGGCACGUGAGGUCGGGGCAUUCGAGGUUGUGCUUUCUGGGUCAGUAUGUGCUUGAGUUGGCUUUCGCUGAGUAUUUCUUGCAGAGGUAUCCGAGGGAGGCUCCUGGUCCGAUGAGAGAGAGAGUUUUUGCGUUCAUUGGGAAGAGGAAUAUGCCCAAGUGGAUUAAAGCUGCUAGCUUGCAGAAUCUGAUAUUUCCUUAUGAUGAUAUGGAUAAGAUGGUUAGGAAGGACCGGGAACCACCUGUGAAGUCUGUUUUCUGGGCCCUAUUUGGAGCAAUCUAUUUGUGUUUUGGUAUGCCAGAAGUAUAUCGUGUUCUUUUUGAAGUAUUUGGAAUGGACCCAGAAUCUGAAGAUAGCCAGCCAAAACUGAGGAGACAACUUGAAGAUGUUGAUUAUGUUUCUGUUGAAUUUGAAGGCAACAAACUUAGCUGGCAAGAUGUAGCUGCCUACAAGCCUCCAGAAGAUGCUCUUUUUGUGCACCCUAGGCUUUUCAGGGCUUGUGUUCCACCAGGCAUGCAUCGAUUCAGAGGAAAUGUAUGGGACUAUGAUAGCAGACCUCAUGUCAUGCGAGCACUUCGAUAUCCCUUGGAAAUGACAGAUAGAAUACCAGAAAUUACAGAAGCCAGGAACAUUGAACUUGGACUUGGGCUCCAGCUAUGUUUCUUGCAUCCAUCAAAGUAUAAGUUUGAGCACCCACGGUUUUGCUAUGAGCGUUUAGAAUAUCUUGGCCAAAAGAUCCAGGACCUUGUAAUGGCUGAAAGGUUGUUGAUGAAGCAUUUAGAUGCUCCAGGAAAGUGGAUACAGGAGAGGCACCGCCGUCUUCUCAUGAACAAGUUCUGCGGUAGGUAUUUGAGAGACAAGCGACUCCAUCAAUUUAUCAUCUAUUCCGAAGAGGUUCAAGAUAAAUACGAGCACAACCGGCGACUGAGAAAUCCUGCCACAACAGCUGUUCAACAAGCCCUUCAUGGGCUCUCAUACACUGUAUAUGGGAAGCCAGAUGUUAGGCGCCUCAUGUUUGAGGUUUUUGAUUUUGAGCAAAUCCAACCUAAAGCUGUAUGAAGAAAUGAAACGAAUAUGGAUCUCAGAUUGCCAGCAAUAUAUUGAUGGAAAAGCAUUCUUUCUCA